AAAAGCCGCCCGCCUCCCCCCCGCCGCCCCGAAAGCCAAGAAGAUGGUGGACCGCGAGCAGCUGGUGCAGAAAGCCCGGCUGGCCGAGCAAGCCGAGAGAUACGACGACAUGGCGGCCGCCAUGAAGAACGUGACAGAGCUGAAUGAGCCCCUGUCCAAUGAAGAGAGGAACCUGUUGUCGGUAGCCUACAAGAAUGUAGUUGGGGCGAGGCGCUCCUCUUGGCGAGUAAUUAGCAGCAUUGAGCAGAAGACCUCUGCUGAUGGCAAUGAGAAGAAGAUUGAGAUGGUCCGUGCUUACCGUGAGAAGAUCGAGAAGGAGUUGGAAGCUGUGUGCCAGGAUGUUCUGAGCCUCCUAGACAAUUACCUGAUCAAGAACUGCAGCGAGACCCAGUAUGAGAGCAAAGUCUUCUACCUGAAGAUGAAAGGGGACUAUUACCGCUACCUGGCUGAAGUUGCCACUGGGGAGAAAAGGGCAACUGUUGUGGAAUCCUCCGAGAAGGCGUAUAGCGAAGCUCACGAGAUUAGCAAGGAACACAUGCAGCCCACUCACCCCAUCCGGCUCGGCUUGGCGCUUAACUACUCCGUUUUCUACUACGAGAUCCAGAAUGCCCCCGAGCAGGCGUGCCACCUGGCCAAGACGGCGUUUGACGAUGCCAUUGCUGAGCUGGACACCCUCAACGAGGACUCCUACAAAGACUCAACGCUCAUCAUGCAGCUCCUCCGCGAUAACCUAACGCUCUGGACAAGCGACCAGCAAGACGACGACGGUGGCGAAGGCAACAACUAGACCCCUCUGACGGACUGGCAGCCGCACGCCGAUGCUACUACUGCAGUCUUUAUUUUUUUUCCCACAAGUGGGGGGGAGGGGGUCGGGGGAGGGGGAGGGGAAAGGAGGGGAGACCUUCCAGGGAGGCUCCCCCGUAACCUGUCUUUGAUUGCCUCGUUGACACUUUUGCCAAAACACCACUAGUGGAAAGUCAGGCUGGCUGUGCUGGUAGGGAGUGGAAUGAAGUGGCAGCCUCACAAUGGCAUAUGGACUGUUCUGUAGACUUAAUUCAAAAGGGGGAGCUGUCUUUAAGUUAUCUUAAUUGCUAGAAAUACACGAAGUUGAUAAUGACUAACUUGAAUGGAAUGGCCCUUGUU